UGCUAGAUAAGAUAAGAGAAGAAAGUUACAAAUUCAACCUGAAGAACCAUGGCUGAUCCUCUGACUUUAUUAAAGCAAUACAAUAUAAACAACAAGCUAGAGGAUAUACAGGAACACGAUGAUAAAAUUAUAUUUGGAGAUUUGGCAUGGGCGAAGAAUGUUAAUACUAACUAUAUCUUAUGGGGUACUGGAAAAGACGGUAUACCUAAGGAGUAUUAUUCACUAGAAUGUGUUUUAUUCUUGUUAAAAAAUAUUAAAAAGGCACAUCCUAAAUAUGUUAAAGAUGCUGCUAAAGAAAAUAUACCUGUAGUACGGCGUCCUGAUAGAAGAGAAUUAUUAGCUUAUCUUAAUGCUGAAAUAACCACUUCUAAUAGUAUAGAUAGAAGUGCACCUUUGGAGUUACCAGCACAAGGUAUCUAUAUACACAAAUUUAUAAAUAAUGAAAUUUGUUUAUUAGUUAAAAAGACAACUGAUGAAGUCAAUGAAAAUUUUAAAAAGACAAAGUUUGAGGAGGAAAGACUUUUGAAGGAUAAAGAAAGAUUAUCAGCUUGGUUAGAUGCCCCUAAGGAAACUCAGAUAACAACUGAAAAUAUAAGAUCAUUAUCUGAUGCAAUGUCAGUUGAAAAGAUUGCCCAAAUAAAAGCUAAACGUCUUGCAAAAAAACGUUCUACCAUAAAGGGUAGUUUAGGAGAAAUGGGAAACAAUAUAUCUUUAGAUAUGUCUCAAGAUCAUGGCAAGGGUGAUUCAGGAGAUAAAUCUAAAGCUCAAUUAAAAGACAAUUUAAUUAACAGUGAUAGGACUUUAGAAAACAUGAUAGACAAGGAUAAUGACUUGAAUGCUAACCAAAAUUUUUCUCACAUUGCCAAUUCUAAGUUAAGGACCAAAAGUGCUAAUUUUGUUGAUUCAGAAUUAGAUUUCACACGCUAUAUUAUGAGCAGGGAAAGAUUGUGGAAAACAAGAGACAAUAUUUUACAAAGUGCUGGCAAGAUUUUUUCUCAGCACAUAUUUGCUCUCCUUCAAUCAAUUAAAACAAAUGAACAAAUUGAUAUAAGUAAACCUGAUGUAGUUAAACCGCCUAUAUUCAAUAAGAAUAUGCCUAUUCCAGUUAUGCAAUCAAAUACAAAUUCCAACAAUCAGCAACAGCAAUAUAGUCGUUAUGACCAAGAAAGAUUUCGAGCUAAUAAAGAGGUUUCCGAUUUCAAGAUCGACACUAUGGGAACUUAUCACGGGAUGACAUUGAAGUCCGUAUCGCAGACGGCGUCCCAUAAAAGACCUCACCAUCUUACCCCUCUUUCUGCAAGAAUUACUGAUUCCCCCUCAAAAAAACUAGCCAAUAUUCAGCUCCCCAGCGCUUCUAAAAGAAUGUCCCGGACUCCCAUAAUUAUCAUACCUGCAACUUCAUCCUCAUUAAUCACCAUGAUUAACGCUAAAGACAUUCUUCAAGAUUUUAAGUAUUUCAGUGAUGAAGAGAAAAAAGCUGCUGGAUCUAUAAGGGAGAAUGACGUUUUGAUUCAAAGAAUCAAAGACGGGGGACUCUCUUUCCCAUACAGGAUCAUCGACAACCCUCUCAAACUUUCUGCUCAAGACUGGGAUAGGGUUGUUGCUGUUUUUGUGCAAGGUCCUGCAUGGCAAUUCAAAGGAUGGCCUUGGGAUGGUAAUCCCGUUGAAAUAUUUUCAAAAAUUAAGGCAUUCCACUUGAAAUGGGAGGAAAUGAAACUAGAUUCUAACGUUGCCAAAUGGGAUGUUCAUGUCAUCCAACUUAGCCGUAACAAAAGACAUUUGGAUAGGGCUUCUUUAUUAAAGUUUUGGGAAGUUUUGGAUAGAUACACUGCUAAGAAUAAACCUCAUCUAAGGACAUGAACCAUUGAAAUAUCUUUGAACGAAUCUUUGUUAUUAUAAAUAUAUUGUUUUUUAUAGGAAUAUUAUUAUUGUUAAAUUCAAAUAUAUACCGAAA